GAACGCCAAAGGAUCGACGUCCAGUAUGAAGAAUUAUUCGACCGCGAGUACAAGAGGAUCGAGCGCCAGAUCAGCCAACGAGUGCAGCGAGAAACAGCCAAGGAUCGGGAACCCCAGAAUCUCGUCCAAUUCCUCGAAUCGUGCCAUGCACUCCACCUCAGAUUCCAAAAGACUGCGAGUCGCUCCUUGAUCACGCAAAAGGAAGCGCUUAGCUGGACAUUUCCCCGACGAAUUAUUCCCUGGGACGGCUUCCCGCGGUUGCAAGAAGGAGUAUGGCAACGAAUCUUGUCCGAUAGUGAAUUCUGCAAGGAACCCGGCUUCCCAUCUAUCCAACAGCUCGAAGCUGUAAAGCGCACUCUCACCCCGGUCAAUAGCGAAGCCUCGCUGCAGCAUUUUGGACGCUAUGCCAUUGAAAAUGUAGUGCAGGAAAUGAUGGAUAAGUUGUAUGAAGACGCCUCGCUUUGGAAUGGCCUCGGACUCAGCGACGACGUGAAGGUGACGAUAGAGACGGACAAGGACCUCGGGCAGGUGUUUGAACCCAUGCUGGAGUCAUCAUGGCACAAGGGUGCAGGCGAAUUGAAAAUAUCGAUGCGCAAUUCUCAUCGCAGGGCGAAAAGAGCAGGCAUCUGGGUCAACCGAUCGUGUGUAUACCGCCAUGAGGAGGACAAGGGCGAAAAGACUCCCAUCUUUGCAAUUGAGGGCGACGAUUUCACCUUUGCCUCGAGGACGCUUGUGGCGGCCACUAUCAGCCAGCUCUAUUCUUACAUGAUUAGCAAGGAGAUUCAGUAUGGAUGCGUUUGCACAGGAGAAGCCUUCAUCUUCUGCUGCAUAUCAGAGGACGACCCCUGCACGAUAUACUGCACGCCAUGUGUGCCAGAGCGCGAGGUCAUGCCCGACGAUCCCGCUAGACUUCAUCGAACAGCUGGUGCGCUAGUUUUUGGGCUUGUUCUUCAAGCUCUUCGCUCGAGACCACUUCCCGAGUCGUGGUGUGAGUCUGUUACAUAUUUGGAUACCUGGACCAUGGGAUACGAUGAUAGAGCCUAUGAGGAUACGGAGAGUAUCUCUAGUGCACCGACGUCGAUACAAGACCAGCCGUAUUGCUCUCAGAAAUGCCUCAUGGGUCUGGUGCAAGGGAAGUCACUGGACAAGAACUGCCCCAAUGCUGAGUUUCAUGGACCAGCUCACCUCGACUACGACGACUUCUUGAACCUUCUCCGCACACAGCUUGAUGAAGACGACAACCUGGAUGCCGACUGCACACCUCUGCGGGUAGCACACGUUCCCAAAUCUCUCUUCAAGAUGCGGCUCACAUCGCACGGCUAUACGUUCAUCGCCAAGGCAGGCAAAAACUCGGCGUACUUGUGGAGCGAGAAGUUUGUAUACGACCAGAUGGCGAAUCUUCAGGGCCGUUGCAUACCGGUAUGUAUAGGCAUGAUGGAGCUCAUUCAGCCGCGACGUCACAAUGGCAGGGCUUUGAAGGACUUGCUGCUCUUGAGCUGGGCUGGCAGGCCAUUUUUGAACUGCUCCAAGCAAGUGAGCAAGGAGCAAGUGGCCAGGAUGAUGGAGAUGGGCAUGGAAGCAAUUCACAAGCUUGGGGUUGUGUACAAUGGCGGUCACAUCCCCAGCAACUUUUUGUACGAUGCAUCUCGUAACAGCGUCAUGAUUGUUGAUUUCGAGGAGGCGUCGCUGGAAUUCUGCAAGACGCCUGCGGUGGUUGGGGACUACCAGACGCGAAAGAGGAAGCGAGAUCGAUGGCAAGAAGAGGCCAGGCGGGUGUUUGAGCAAGACACGGAUUGCGCCGUGACGACGAUU